UUGCGACACUUGAGUUUGAUCGUGAUAGAAAAUCCAUGGGUGUUAUUGUCAACUCCCCUACAGGGAAGAAUUCUUUGCUAGUGAAGGGUGCUGUAGAAAAUGUACUAGAGAGAAGUGCUAAAAUGCAGUUGCAGGAUGGUUCUGUUAUACCACUGGAUGAUAAGUCAAAGAAACUUAUUUUAAAUGCGCUUCAUGAAAUGUCAAGCAGUGCAUUAAGGUGUUUGGGCUUUGCUUACAAAGAUGAGCUUCCUGAAUUUGAAACAUAUGAUGGCAGUGAAGAACAUCCGGCUCAUGAGCUUUUACUUAAACCAUCAAAUUAUUCCUCAAUUGAGAGCCAACUGAUUUUUGUUGGCCUGGUUGGGCUUAGGGAUCCUCCUCGGAAAGAGGUAUACCAAGCAAUUCAAGACUGUAGAGCAGCCGGUAUUCGUGUAAUGGUUAUUACAGGAGAUAACAAGAAUACAGCAGAAGCUAUAUGUCGGGAAAUUGGUGUAUUUGGAGCUGAAGAAGACAUUAGUUCAAGAAGUUUAACGGGGAAAGAGUUCAUGGAAUUGGAAGAUCAGAUAGCACAUCUCAGACAAAGUGGUGGGCUUCUGUUUUCAAGAGCUGAACCAAGACACAAGCAAGAGAUAGUGGCGCUGCUUAAGGAGGAAGGAGAGGUAGUUGCCAUGACUGGGGACGGAGUGAAUGAUGCACCUGCCCUGAAACUGGCUGAUAUUGGGGUUGCAAUGGGCAUUGCUGGAACAGAGGUUGCGAAAGAAGCUUCUGACAUGGUAUUGGCAGAUGAUAAUUUUAGCACAAUUGUCGCUGCCGUUAGCGAAGGAAGAUCUAUCUAUAAUAAUAUGAAGGCUUUUAUCAGGUACAUGAUCUCGUCAAAUAUUGGUGAAGUAGCCUCUAUAUUCUUAACAGCAGCUUUAGGCAUACCUGAAGGGCUGAUACCUGUUCAGCUUCUGUGGGUCAAUCUUGUUACAGAUGGACCACCUGCCACAGCCCUGGGAUUCAAUCCUCCAGAUAAGGACAUAAUGAAGAAGCCUCCCCGUAGAAGGGGUGAUUCAUUGAUCACUGCCUGGAUUUUAUUCCGCUAUCUGGUCACUGGGAUUUAUGUAGGGAUAGCAACUGUAGGCGUAUUCGUCAUUUGGUACACCCAUGAAUCCUUCUUGGGAAUUAACCUUACUGGAGAUGGCCACACCCUUGUUACAUACUCGCAACUAACCAACUGGGAUCAAUGCUCAUCCUGGGAAAAUUUUUCUGUAUCACCCUUCACCGCUGGAGCUCGGGUUUUAUCCUUCGAAAAUAACCCGUGUGAUUACUUCCAGGGGGGCAAAGUGAAAGCCACAACUCUCUCACUCUCUGUAUUGGUUGCAAUUGAAAUGUUUAACUCUCUCAAUGCCCUUUCUGAAGAUGGGAGUCUCUUGAUAAUGCCUCCAUGGGCCAAUCCCUGGCUCCUUUUGGCCAUGUCCUUCUCAUUUAGUCUGCACUUCUUGGUCCUGUAUGUGCCGUUCCUAUCUCGAGUAUUCGGCAUUGUGCCUCUUAGCUUUAAAGAGUGGCUCUUGGUUUUUGCUGUUGCUUUCCCGGUGAUUCUGAUAGAUGAAAUUCUGAAGUUUAUGGGGAGGUUGGCAAACAAGCAUCCAACUUCCAGCAGAAGUAAAUCAAAGCUUAAGGGAGAGUGAGAUUACUUGUCACCUCAUCUGCAUUGAGUUGCUACAGCCGCUCCCAUACACAUAAAUAUAUAUAUCUAUAAUGAGUUGCU